AGCGGCGAAGCGAGCACGACGAUGUCCCUCACUGUUGAAAGAGAGCAUCUUGCAGAAACACAAAUUCCUUGUGCGCGACAUCGCUGACGCUAGUUCCAGCCCAGUCUGCUCGUCUUCGUCUUCCCCUUCGCUUUGUUGCUCGAGUCGCCUCAACAAGGCGCGAGAAGUUGGUGGCAGAAACGUUGGCGCGAGGCCCGCAUCAUCACCACCCACCCCCUCCCCCCUGCGGACAUCAAGAAACCAAGCCCGGCCGGCAUUGUUCCGCUUUCUGAUCGCCCAUAUGGCAAGAACGCGAAGCUGUCAAUCAAGUCGAGGCUCAUCGCUAUGUGCAUAUUCAAAGUCCUCCGUCGCCACCGACUGAUGCCUCUAGCGGUCCUCGUGUUCAACCACCCAAGCAUAUGUGGUCCAGUUACUGGAGCGAGCCUACGGAUGGCGGCCCACCGAGCGCACAGUCUCCAUUUAGCAGUUACAGCAGCCUGCCACUGCUUUAUGGCUUCCGACAAGCAUCUCACAAGCCAACCCAGUCUGCAAGCCGAGUCGAUACUUUCUCGCUUGGCCUUAGUUCGCUCGGCUCGCAAAGAGUCAUCAUAUUCCGCCUUCGGCGACGCACGGUCAAGGCGAUUGGUCAACCCUGUCAUCCGAAGCGUGGACGGGGAUGGGGGCAAACCCCAAGAGGCAGAGAUGGGUUUUGUUUGUUCCUCUUUGGCGUUUCUACAAUCUCGUCCGGGUAUCUUAGAUCAUAACAACAAUCUCUAAAGCUGAUUGUGCGACCUUCUCGCCCCUUUCUUGGCCCCCCACCAUUCUGGGCUUCGACUCGACCUGAUGGAUUGGGAAAGGUGAGGGA